AUGUUUUUGAAAAGAAACACCUGUUUGUUGGUCUUCCUGCUGUGUUCUCUGACCUUGUGGUGCAAGUCGACCAGCGCAGGCUCCAGCUUUCUCAGCCCUUCACAAAAACCUCAGAACAAGGGGAAGUCUUCUAGAGUCGGUCGUCAAGUCAUGGAGGAGCCUAGUGAACCCACGGAGGACAACCACAUCACAAUAAGUGCCCCCUUUGAAAUUGGCCUCACUUUGACGGAGCAGGACUUUGAGGAGUACGGGGUCGUGCUGCAGGAGAUCAUUCAGCGUCUGUUGGAAAACACAGAGACUGCAGCAGAGAGACCAUCACGACUUUGA